UGGAGGGGCAGCAGUGAGCAGGGUGGCGCGGAGGCCGUCACAGAUAAGGCCUGAGAAGAAGAGGUUAGCUAGUUUCUGCAGCUCGCUGUUUGCUUUGGAUCAAGAUGCCGGCUGUCUGGCGUCGUCCAGGCGGGUUCUGACCGACCGAUGCCUUCAUCAUGAUGCUGAGCUGCAGCGCCCUGGUCCUCGCCCUCCUGGUGUCGCAGACCAGGAGCUUCCUGACCUCAGAGGACGACGGUGUCCCUGAAGAGUGGGUUCUCCUCCACGUGGUUCAGGGCCACAUCGGGGCAGGGAACUACAGCUACCUACGCCUCAACCACGAUGGCAGAAUCAUCCUGCACAUGCAGAGCCUCAAGGGGGACGCAGACCUCUACGUGUCGGAUAAAACCCUGCAGCCGAGCUACGACACCUACAAGCUGCAGUCCGCCACCUGCGGCCAGGACGUGGUGGUGGUGCCCGGGGACUUCGUGAGGCCUGUCGGCAUCGGCAUUUACGGCCACCCGUCUCACCUGGAGAGCGAGUUUGAAAUGCGGGUGUUCUACGAUCAGACGGUGCCCCUGAAUCCGUUUGACGCCGGCUUGGACACGUCAGGGGACGAUCCAAAGCAGCCGCCCCAGGCUGCGGAUGAGAAAGAGGCCUCGAUCGUUUGGACAAUUCUGAUUGGACUUUUGAAGAUUAUACUUGAGAUUUUGUUUUGAAAACGGGGAUAUUCCUCACUGCUGUGACAGGGGGAAGAGACUCGGCUCUUGGUUCACUCGGCCUUGAUAAAUUAAAGAUUUAUUUUUCCUUUCAUUCUGUAAGGAUGAGAAAAUGUCCCACAGAACCUCAGUUAGAAUUCAGGCAUUUUAAACUGGAAAAAACACACUUGAUCAAAAAGAGAGAUAAAUGAGACUGUCCCUCGGUGGAGCUCCAACAUCCACCAAGACCCAACUGUCUCUAAAAGCCAAUCAAGCUGCACCAAAUCACAUCUCGUAGAUAUCAGUCCUGUGAUUGGGCCUGAAUCAUGAAUUAAUCUGCGGGAAAAGUAUGAAAAUGUUAAGAAACGUCUUCUCUCACAUUGUUUAAGAAGCUGUAACCACACAAACAGACCGGGGUGGAAACAUAACCUCCUCGGUGGAGAAGGUCAGUUUUUAAAUUAGAAGCUGGAUCACUUGAGUUCACCAGUGAAGCUCGACCAAUCAGAAAACGUCUGUAUGUUUGAUGUCAAGUGAUUAAACAUGAGCAGAGUUCUCAUUCAACUGGAGAGUGAAGUGAGUUAAGUUCAUAUUAAACUUUAGGUUCGCUGCAGUUUUUUGUGAUUGAACUGCAGUUCAACCAAAACAACAAGGGGGGGGGGGCACGUCUGAAAGCAAUUAGUGUAGAUACUGGGACACCCCCCCCCCCCAUCAAAGCUAGAUGUCCACAAAACUAGCAUUUAUGCAAUUAAGCUGGUCAGACCACAUCCAGACUAUGAAUUAGAACAUUGAAUACCUCUAUUACAUUCAAAUGAUCAGGUUCAGCAGGUUAACUGGGGUCAACUCACUGAAAUAAGGUGAUUGGAUCAAGAAGAGGGUUUAAGAUGGUUUGACCUUUUUAUUUGGAAACUUGUCGCUGAAUCACUUCUGUGUUUUUUGUUUCGGUGCAAACUGUUCUCAGAUUUUCAUGUUUCCUUGCUGAGCUGUCGGAGGAGUGAACUACAUCCUGUCUCCUCAGACUCUCCAACAGCAUGUCCCCGAGCAGGGAGACGACUGCAGCACCGUUCACACCUGGUGUCAACAUCUGUCCUGAGGGAUCCUGUCACAAGUGUCCAAGUUCAGAUCACCCGCUGUGCAUUGACUCUUCAGAACCACCUCGUUCCUGAGUCGUGAGGCUGUUGGUGUGUUUGAAAUCCCAAAUGUGGAGAAAGAAAAAGAUGGACACUGUAAAUAACGUGUUGCACUUGUGUUCUGAGCUUUGACACAACACGGUGACUCCUCUGAACACUGUUUAUAUACCAGAGCAGAGAGAACGGUUCAACAUUAAGUUCAUUGGUUUGUGAGCAGUGACAUCAACAAGUUGUGUAUCAAGCUUUAUAGGUUGUUGUUCUGAGACGAGACGGCGAAAACAAAUUCUCUCCGAUUCCGACACCACAUGGACGCACAAUCUGAGGUGUUCAGUGCUGCGUGUGCUCUCUUUCAUUUGAUUGUGUGAACAGACACACACCAAAGGACUCAGCUACAGCUACACACACUGGAAGAAUAGAGUAAUCUCAGGAAUAGAGCAAUGAAGGAUGCAUUUGACCAUCAGGCGUGAACAGAUGAACUUACAGCUGUCCACUUGUGAGCAGAUCUCUCAGGAGGACGGGUGGUGGACCCGGUGUGAGACCCGGUGUGAGACCCGGUGUGAUCAAAGCCUCUGAGCGUUGAACAGGAACCUCUCCGUCAGCUCCUCGCUCAUCUUUAGAACUAAUUUAGCAUCAGGCAGAGAUGACAGCUGUGUGUGUCUCUCGCCUGUGAAUGAAAACCACUUGUCUUAACUCUGCAUAUCACACAGGAAACUUAGCAAUACCCUGAUUGUCAGCCCUUUAUCCUGGAGGCUCCUUCAGGAUACCCGUGCUGCUCUGUUUUCAUGUACUUGCUGAAUUUCCACUCCAGACAGGAACCUCUGGUCCACAGCGACGUUUCAUUUGGUUUUGAUGGUUCACUUUGUUUCACCUGUUGGACGAGCUCCUGAGUUAAACACCCCCUCCUCCAGCUUCAGAGGAGGUCAGCUACCGUUCACCACUGAGCAGAAAUGUUCACCAGUGCCUUCAGACCCUUCCUGUGCCGGGAGGAGCAGCCAAACAGUUUCCCUGUUUCCAGAGACGAUUCUGUCUGGUUUACAAAAUAAAACUCUUGUCAUACAGACUGUUAAAACC